CGGUUACACAAGAUCGCUUUGUCGCCCUCUAGAGUUACCGUAAUAUGAAGUUGACAAAAUGGCAGCGCUCAGUGGAACGUGUGUGAGGCAAUGGUUACGAUUUUUGGGUUCGAAUGCAGCAAGAACAAGGACUGUGGAUCAUAGCACUCACCGUAGAACAUUACCGUCUUCAAAUAAUCAUGCCAGGCUAUUAGUUCGCCCAUUAUCAGUGACUACAUUGCUCAGAAAUGAGGAAAAACAGUCUAAUCAGCCGACGGAAAGUGCGAUGCCAUUGGUGGCAAUGCUCCGUGAGGCCGAGGAGAAGGCGAAACGAGAAACAGAGGAUGACCGGAAAAAGAAGGAGGAGCGAAAAAAGAGAACGGCACGCAUCCAGAAGUGGGCAAUGCGCAUCACGGGGGGAAUGCUUGUUGGAGCAUCAUUAUUGACUGUUUAUGAAUUAGGCCAACCUCAGCUAGAUGACCAUGGAAAAGUGAUAGUUGAUGAGUUUGAGAAUGAUUUCAUCGUCUUGGCCUAUUUGAAGAGGGCAUAUAAAGAAAUGAACACCUACAGAACAAUGAUUGCAGAACCAUCAGCUGAGAAACUCCUUCCAGAUCCUCUUGUAGAACCAUAUUAUCAGCCACCAUACACUCUCGUUCUAGAGAUGAAAGACGUCCUAGUUCAUCCAGAAUGGACGUAUGCAAAUGGUUGGAGAUUUAAGAAGAGACCUGGAGUAGAAUACUUCCUACAGCAAGCUGGUCCUCCAUUAUUUGAAAUUGUCAUCUACACCUCAGAACAAGGAUUUACUGCAUUUCCCAUCCUGGAUUCCUUAGAUCCUAAGGGUUGUAUCAUGUAUAGACUAUUCAGAGAUGCAACCAAGUAUGUCAACGGUCAUCAUGUCAAGGAUCUGUCAAGUUUGAAUCGUGAUCUUUCCAAGGUGAUCAUUGUUGAUUGCAAUGCUAAGUCAUAUCAGCUACAACCCAAGAAUGCUCUUGGUCUCAAGAAAUGGGAAGGCAAUGAUGAUGACAGGACUCUCUUUGAAUUAGCUGCUUUCCUUAGAACCAUUGCUGCUAGUAAUGUUGAAGAUGUCAGAACAGUACUGGAAUUCUACCAACAGUUUGAUGACCCAAUGGAAGCUUUCAGGAUCAACCAGGCUAGAUUACAGAGGGAGCAAGAGGAAGAGGCAAAGAGACUAGCAGAAGCCAAAGAGAAAGGUGGUUCAUCACUAGUAGGAGGCUGGACCAAGGGAUUGAUUGGAAGAAGAUGAAACCACAUCAACUCCUAGUGUAAACAAAUCCGUCUUGUCACCACCUUAUUCAUUCAAACUUUGCCUGUCUACUAUCUCAGAUGUAUGUUUAUCAAGGAGAAACCAGUUUUUACCUCCAUAUGCAGCAAUUGUAUUUUCCUUUUGCACUUCCCGAUUGGACCGUGGAAGACUCGCGUAUAAAACGCCAAUGAAGAGUCGAAUUUGAGGCUGUUCAGGUUUUGGAGAAAUUUGUUUCUGUGAUGGAGAAUAAGCA